AUGAAUUUAGAUCUAGAAUUUGAAUCCAACACCAACGCACCACCAAUAAACAAUGCUUUGGUGCCAGACAUCUACAACCGUCUUGAUGCUGAAAUUCAGGAAAGAACUCGAGUGUUUAAUACUUUACUUGAGAAGCGGUUGAUGGUGCAAGAGAAGGUCCUAAAUAAACAUAAGCAUGAUGUAAAAGUUAGUCACGAUAAAGAAACUUUCAAAAUCCGUCGAGAACUAUCCAGGAUACGCCAUAGUUUACCAACUGUUGGACUCGUACAUGGCCUUAACAAUGGGCUGGCAGAACGAGCUUUUAAUAAACGGAAAAUGAAUCCUUUGUACAUGGAGAAGAAUGACAUGCCCUUUUGUGAACGACAUUUGUUACAUUUUCUUCCUAAUAAGAGAAAAUACUAUAAAAAGUCUAAAGCCAAAAAGGUGUCCGAAACAUCAAAAGACAAAUUGCCUACAGUUGUUAAUUCUAAUACACAACCGGAAGUGGAAACUGCUGCUGCACAGGGAAGGGAAAAUUUCACUGAAGAACAAGAGCAUCAGAAGCAAUCAGAUCACCAGUCAUCUGGACAAAGUUAUGAUCAAAUAACGGUACAAGUAGAUACAAGUGAUGUAUUAAGUGCUCGAAGUCGGAUUGAAAGACGUUUACGCUAUUCAUCUCCAGCAAAGCUUUAG